CGGUCCAACCGCUGAUUCUGGAGGAGAAACCCGCCAUUAUUCGUUCCCACUGGACUGAACUCCGAGGAAUCCUAGAACCUGGUAGUAGCACCGGUAGGACGGUAGUCCGGAGAGCCUUUCUUCACUCUCUUGAGACCGGGGGCGGAGGGGCCGAGGGGCCGAGGGGGAAGGAGCCGCGGUCCGCCGGACGGAGAGCAGAAACUCGUGUAACCACCAAAGGUAAACAAAAAUCAAGUCCUGAAGGCCAAGCCCCGAGGAUGGAGGUCGGGAAACGGAAGCGGGAGAGGAGGAGGCGACGGAGAGCCCGAAAAUCUUCCCGCGAACACAACCAGAAGAGGAAGGAGGAGGAAGUGGCUCACUUAGAAGCCCAAGAGGAAAAUUCCGCUAUUGAACCCGAAUCGAAACGGCGGAAAACCCACACAGUAGGGCAUUCCAACGCCUCCAACUUUCUCGACAAGAUGCGAGCUAGGUUGUCAGGAGGUCAUUUCAGGAUGUUAAAUGAGAAGCUGUACACCUGUAGCGGAGACGAGGCUCUUAAAUUUUUUCAAGAGGAUCCUGCGCUAUUUGAUGUUUAUCAUGCAGGAUAUCAAGAGCAAAUGUCACAUUGGCCAGAGCAGCCAGUCAAUAUCAUCACUAAUUGGCUUAAGGGUCAGAGUCCUUCUUUGACAGUUGCUGAUUUUGGCUGUGGGGAUGGACGCCUUGCAAGAAAUGUGAAGAAUAAAGUCUUCUCCUUUGAUCUUGUGUCAAAUGACCCUUCAAUAAUUGCUUGUGAUAUGUCAAAUACACCCCUUGACUCUUCAUCAAUUGAUGUUGCUGUGUUCUGUCUCUCUCUGAUGGGUACCAAUUUCCCAAGUUAUUUACAGGAAGCACACAGAGUUCUGAAGCCAUGUGGCUGGCUUUUGAUAGCAGAGGUGAAAAGCAGGUUUGAUCCAAACAAUGGUGGAGCUGACCCUAAUGGGUUUUUGAAAGCUGUCUGUGAACUUGGAUUUAAUUCAGUAUCUAAGGAUUUCUCAAAUAAAAUGUUUGUCUUGUUUUUCUUCAAGAAGAAAAAGGCAAGUCCAGAGACAAAAGAAAUUGAAUGGCCUGAGCUGAAGCCUUGCAUAUAUAAGCGUCGCUGAGGCAGAGUUGUCUACUUAUUUCGCUAGGGUGCUGAACAGCUGAAGUAGAAAAAGCCAUUCCCAUUGCUCCAGGAUGCUAACAAACUAAUACAGAUGCCAGCAUGUGGGGCAAGUCCUGCAUUUGCAAGCUUAAUUCUUAUAAAAGCAUUGAUGAUCUAUACUUACCUGCCUUUUACUAGCCAGUACUAGGCACAGAAUGAUUCAUGAGACCAUUCCAAUUGAAGGUCAUUGCCUGAGAUCUCGAUUAUUUCGAAGAACCCGACCUUUUAUCUCCUUGUUCUUGUAUUAGAAUUCAUUUACCAGGCCAGAAGUGAGUAAUCUUUGGAGAUGGAUAUAACCGUGUUCAACGGUUUGUGAGUGGACCAACCAGAAGAGAUUAAAAAUCAGGCUACCUUUUUUGUUUUUUUUGACCUGGCCAGACUAUAUUGAUGAUCACGAUCUUA